AUGGGAGCUGCCUUGCACGAGGGAGGGCAGCGUCUUCGCCCUCAAAGUAUUAGGAGGCUGACAGGUGAUAUGAGGAAGAGGGUUCAGGCUGUCAUCCAGGCACACAGUGGAUACACCCAAUUCACAGUUACAUCAGAUCAUAGCAACGUUCUUGAAUGCGCAUAUCCUACCGAUUGUACAGUAAUACAGAAAUGCAACCACACAAAGAGCGGCGUUUACCGAGUGUUUCCGUUCGGAGUGGGCAAAGGCUUCCUUGUUUACUGUGACAUGAUGACGCAGGGCGGUGGAUGGCUGUUGAGUUUACGGCAAGACGGCUCUGUUGACUUCUAUCGUAACUGGCAGAAUUACACUGAUGGGUUUGGUAACCUCUACGGGGAGUUCUGGUUGGGCCUCCAAAAGAUUGACCUCCUGACCUCUCAGGCGCACUUUGAACUCCUCGUGAAUAUGAGAAGCUACACCGAGGGAACGGGUUACGCUUCCUACAACAGAUUCCGUGUGGCAGACGAGUCUCAGAGCUUCCGACUCUUACUGGGCACGUUCAAGGGGAAUACCGCUGACUCCUUGGCUAUCCAAAACGGCUUGGAGUUUUCCACAUAUGACCGAGACAAGGACUACAACAAGGUGAACUGUGCUGCCUCAUAUCAUGGGGUCUGGUGGUACCAUGGUUGUCAUCACAGCAAUCUCAAUGGGUUGUAUGUUCAUGUGAAGGAAAAAAACCCAGGAAAAUACUUCAUCAGUCACGUGGUACCAUUGGUCGUCUAA